AUGCAAGGCCGAUCUAUGGGAGCGGGAAGGCGGGGGGUUGAAGAGAGAUUUGAGAUGCCAGGAAUAGUGCAGGCCGCCGGGACAGAGCUGUUGUUUACAGACGAUGACAGGGAUGGAGGGCCUGUGUGUUGUGAGCUGCGGCCCAAGCCUCAGGGGUCUUCUGCCGCUGCUGAGGAGGAGGAGGCCGUAGUGUCCACAGAAAACAGUGGACAUGAGCGGGCAGACUGUGUUUAA